AUGGGUUCAUAACCUUGCUGUUGCAAAACUCCUUAAGACCCAAUUUAAGAAAUGAAGCUAAAAAUGGAACAAAGAAACACCAAUUUUCAAAUUUUCGUCGCAGAUCUCAAAAAACCUAUUCCUUUGGAACAAAUUCUGCCUCUUCAAGAAGAAGAUGACUUUGCAUUAUUUUUGGUCAUGGAACAAUAUGAUCGUCUAAUCACAAAAAAUAAACGAAAGUCUAAAUCUUAUUCACCUCAUGUUGAUAUUUUGAGUAUUUCAAAAGAAAAUUUGACUUCCUAUUACCUGAAGAGUAAAAGCAAACAAAAACCUUCCAAAAAAACAAGAUCAUUAACUACAAAGUUAUCUACUUCUUUUUAAAGCUAAGGAAUUCGUAGCAUUUUGAAGAAAAAAGAACUUAUCAAUAAUAAAUCAUAAUAUUUUCAAUAAGUAUCAGACGUUUAAAAAUCAGUAAAAAGUGUUCAUUUUGAUGUUGCUUUGAGUCCUAAAAAUAGUAUUAAUAGAAAAGUAAAUGUUUUGAAAAAAAAAAUAUUCUUAAGAUCAUAUUUAUGA